CUCGUCACACAGCAGCUCACAUAAAAAGCCGCCCAUUGUCUUCAGCAGCCGCUGUUUGACUCCCCUCCCGUCUGCUGACCCUCGUUCACAUACGCAGGAGCCCGACAGACCCGCAGCCAUGAAUACCAAAGAGAAGCCGAAGUCAAAGAUUACAGCUUCUCGUAAGCUCUCCCUCAAGAUGCUUCUCCUCACUCGAGCCUGUGAGGAUUUGGAGAAGGAGAGGCAGGACAGGGAGGAAGAGAAAGUCCGUCAGAUCGCAGAGAAGUUGCCCCCUUUGCAGCUCUCCGGAUUGUCCCUGGAAGAGCUACAAAAAAUUUGCAAGCAGCUAUAUUCUCAAGUUGAUGUUGUGGAUGAGGAGAGGUACGACUGUGAAUACAAAGUGGGCAAACACAACAAAGAUAUCCAUGAGCUGAAGUUGAAAGUACAGGACCUCGGAGGCAAGUUCAAAAAGCCUGCCCUGAGGAAGGUGAGGGUGUCGGCAGACGAGAUGAUGAGAGCUCUCCUGGGCUCCAAGCACAAGGGCUCCAUGGACCUCAGAGCCAACCUCAAGUCUGUGAAGAAGGAGGACGUCAAAACGGACAAGGUGCUCACGACCGAAGUGGGCGAUUGGCGUAAGAACGUGGAGGCCAUGUCAGGCAUGGAGGGCCGCAAGAAGAUGUUCGACACAGCCGGCGGAGCACAGUGAUCCAUUAAAGGCGGGGACAAGGAAUCUGUAGAGAUAGAAAGUAUCCAAACGCUAAUUGACGUAAUGUAGGAAUUAAAUGUUCGCUUUAUGACCAAGUGUAGGACGAGUAAAGACUCACAGUUUUUAUUGCUAAAGAGUUUCCUUUUUGUUGUGUUUUCUUAUGACAUCUUUAGACAUUUGAAGUGUAUGAAUAAAAAGUUUCAGUCGUGUUC